GAACGUCAAUUCAUCUUCACCAGGUUCUUACAACUCCAACGUGUUUGUCUCCAACACAAUGCGCGUCUGCUACACUCCUAAGGAAUUGUCUAUCCGCCCACAUAUCAUGAAGAUUUGAAGUUUCGAAUAUCGUGGCAUUUCUUGUUUUAUUCUUGAUCAGAAAUGCAGGCAGCUAAUGCGAAACUUCUCUUGGUCUUUGACAUAGUUAUAUCCACUAUUAACAGGCUUGGCCCAUGUGGACCGCUCGGUGUCAUUUCCGUAUUAGAGGCAAGCUGUUUGCUCUGAUACCUUAGAGCUGGCUCAAUCUAUACUCGACGAGCUUUGCAUUGCCGAGAUAUGUAAGUGUGUGACGCGAAAGCUACAACCCCUUUAACCGAGCCGUUGCCUAGUCGGAAAUGAACGAGACCUAACCACCCAGUUGAUUUUAUUAUCUCCCAACUAUAUCACGCAAUUCACCACACUAUAUUCUCUCCCAAAUAUCAAUUAUCACAUUCGCCAUGCCUAAGUUACCACCUAUUGAGAAGCUUCCUCUUGCUCUACGCAAGAACAUUCGCGAUGAAUGGGACAAUAAGAAGUCAGAUCUCGAGCAGAAGCUCUCAGAUACUCUAGCAACCCCUUGGACUGUUGAUGUGAACCCUAACCAACUAUAUGCCUACGCCGAAGAGGGGUAUGCGAAGGAGUCCCUUGGCAGUUGCAUCGCAGAAUAUAUCAACGGUGCGAUGUAUAGGCUCAAAGAAUUUAAAGAUAAUGCGGGGGAAGAUGGCUUAAAAGAGCUGAACACCAUUUGCUACGCUCACGUUAUAACCAUUGACUUGGAUGAUGCCUGCCGCUUCUUAUAUUGCGGCGCGGAUGUCCACGAGGGAAAGCUACGCAUCUUGUUCGCCCCAAGAAAACUAGGAACCAACAUUGACUACGCACUCGAUCGCGAAGUCCUUCUUAAGGCUCUGAAUGAGGCUCCUACCCCUGCAUCGGAUGAUGCGGCGGUCCUAAACUUUGCGGCACGGUCAGAUAUUAGCAAGGAAUACGAUCCUAAGGCCGAGGAUAUCCGGGCACAGAUUGCGAAUAUAUUGUCAAAGCCUGACAUCAAACUUGGCCUGAAUUUCGAAGACACUUUCUCAAGGCUCCGGGAAGCAAGCAAGACGAAUAAGGCUGAUUUUCGGUCAGACUGGGACGGUCUCUUAGGUUCGUUCACGCGACUCUACUUCGAGGGUCUCGUCUACCAGCUCAAAUAUCAGAAAUUUCAUGAGGAUGAGCUACUACGUGAGGGCUUCCACGAGGCUGUUGAGAAAGGCGAGAUCGCAUUCCGGAUUGUAGACACGCUCAAGUAUGACUCCUAUUGCGAGUGCGAGAUCGAAGAUGGCAUUUUAUAUCUCCAAUGCACCGCUAAAACUUGGGGGGCGAAUCCUGACAAUGCUGCCCAAGGACUCGUUGACAGAUUAUAAGCCUCAUUCGUAUAUCUCAUGAGUUACAAUGCUACCCCGCAAGAAUAGUUAAACCCCGAACUGUAAAUAAACUCGAUUAUACAUAUAUCUUGAUCUUAGAUAGCUAUAGGGGGAAACAUAGAAAUAGGGAUAUUAUACAAUUUUGGUAAUAGUUUGAGAGAUGCUAAAGCCUCGUACCGCAUAUUCAAGUAGAUAAACUAUUCGAUCUAAGUAGGCACUUAAGGCUUGUAUUUUUCUUUUCCUCUUGAGACAACAAGGCUACGCAAUUUUUACCGACAACUACUCGUGACAGAAUGAGAUUGUUUAAUAUUUUGGUAGAGACAACCUAAAUUUAAAGAUAGUAAUCUAGGCAACAAAACAACUACUGUAUAUCUUACCUGGUUUAGAUCUAAAAGGGUUAGCAAAGAAAUCUCUUUGGUGAAGCUCCCCUAUUGUCAGCCCUACCGAGUAUAGGCUGCGUAACACAACAUAUAAUGUAAGAUGUGUUGUUUGUGC